UGAAAGAGAAAGAUAUAUAAAGGAAACAGAGCAGGUUAGUUACCAAGGACCAAGGAAGAAGUUACUUUAUCACUGCCUAUUACAUGUAAAUGCACAAUGGGGGAUCCAGGUGAAAAUAUUGCCAUAGUGGGAAUUGGAUGCAACUUCCCAGGAGGGGAAGGAGUUGACAAUUUUUGGCACAUCCUUCUAGAAGGUAGAAAUUGCACAGUGGAGAUUCCAUCGGAAAGAUUUAGCUGUACUUUUUGGUACGACUCCAGUGACAGCAAACCAGGGAAAUCCAGAACAGUUCGAGCAGCAUUAAUUGAUGGCAUAUUCUGCAUCGGACAAUGUCACUGACGCCCCAGAGCUGUUCAUACCUGUCGAUUCGCAAAAUGACGAAAAUUCUGUACAAAACGAAACAGUUUCUCAAAGGGAUUACUCUGAUUUGUACAUUCACAAUUCAACUCUCCCGGGUGUUUUAACGCAAUUGCUGCAAGGUUCAGACAAUCUAGCACUAUACGAAAGCUGGCAGAAUCAACAAGUACCACCCCCGUCGGAGAACAGCCCGGGGCAAUCUCCGACACCCUCUCAGAGCAGCCGAGGGCAAUCUCCGACACCCUCUCAGAGCAGCCGAGGGCAAUCUCCGACACCCUCUCAGAGCAGCCGAGGGCAAUCUCCGAAACCCUCUCAGAGCAGCCGAGGGCAAUCUCCGACACCCUCUCAGAGCAGCCAAGGGCAAUCUCCGACAACCUAUCAGAGCAGCCGGGGGUAUUCUCCAGCGCAAUCAUCGGCGUCUUCUAAUUCUAGCCGCCGUUCAACCCCCAGGGUGGUCCCUUUACCGACAUCGCUUCACUCUGAGCAAGGAUCUCGGCGAAGAAAUCGUUAUUCACCCCGAUAUUCCCAUCGGCCUGACCCCGACCGGAGACAUCGCGAAAGACUGGUGCAGUUGGGCGACGUUCUUCGCUGGGCACUGGAGCAAUUUAUAGAAUUAGAGUCUCCUGGGUACAAUUCCGUACCCGACAUGAGUUUACAUUUGCUGCAUCUGUAUACUUUUUCCAAGGUUCUACCCAGAAAUUAAAGGAUAGGUUUUAUAUUA